UAUUGUAUUUUUUUUUAAAAUCCACAGAUAGUAUGGACGAAGAAUAGAAGGAUACCAGUUGUUAUCGGAUCUAAAGUCAUGGGAGACAAACGAGUCCAAUUAAUCAUGGAUUACGCACAUGACCGCACUCUGUCCAUUAAGAACAUCAAAGUAUCGGAUGCAGGCUCAUAUGAAUGUUUAGCUGAUUCUAAUACAGUCCCUUUAGCCAUAUACAACGUAACUGUUCUAGCCAAUGAAGAACCUCAAACAAUGACAACUCAAACCCAGAAGAACGCCAUGACAACUACACAAAUGGUGAUCAGCUCAGAGGAGAUUUCGACGGAAGUGAUUACUACUUCCACCCUGACAAGCCGACGCAAGGGAGGCAACAGUACUAGCGUCGAAGAGAAACUUGCGGACCCGAGUGGGAAAGGAGGUCGCUUACGUCAUAACCUUGUGGUGCUUCUUACAGUUAUGUAUUUUGGGAUUUUUUGGCUGUUGUAGAAUAAAACUUUGUUGCAAAAUGAA